AUGAAACUUUUCAUCACAUUGUCGGCCCUACUGGCUGCUGCCGUAGCUGUUGAGUAUCAUCAUGUGGAACAUAAGCACAUUCCGAUUGUGCACAGUGAAUCCUAUCAUGGACAUGACGGAAGCUUCAAGCAUGGUUACGAAUCGGGCAACGGAAUCAGCGUCCAGGAACAGGGUUACGUGAAGAACGCUGGAGCGGGUAAGGAUCACGAAACUAACGUUGUCCACGGAUCGUACUCGUACGUCGAUCCACAUGGUGUUCCAGUUUCUGUGAGCUACACUGCCGAUGAAAAUGGUUUCCAAGCUCACGGAUCACACAUCCCAACUCCUCCACCACUACCGAAAGCUCUGGUAGAAGCUUAUGCCAAGGCUGGUAGCCAUCCAGACAGUCACAGCGAAGUGCACUACAGCAAACCCGAAGUGCACUACAGCAAACCAGAAGUGCACUACGGCAAACACUACUAA